CAUUUACCCAUAAUGUAAAGAAUCUUACAAAUUUUACCAAAACAAAAACAAAAAUCUUACAAAAUCCGCACCUAUCGCACACGGCACCGGUGUAAAGCACUAACAAAGCAAAUGGCAGUAGCAGCUGAAAACCAAUCUCAGCCUCCCCAAAACGACUUGCCCUAUGUCCUCAUCUUGAAACCCCCGGCAGCAUUCAGCAUCUUCGGUGACCAUUUCUUCCACUCACCCAAAUUCCAAUUCCUGAAAGCGUUCGAAUCCCCACUCCCUCUUUCCCAGUUCUUGCUCACCCAUGCACAGUCCGUACAAGCCAUUCUCACAUCAGCUAGCGGUUCUGUCACCGCUGAUACUAUCCGCCUUUUGCCCCACCUGGAUUUGGUCGUUACCACUAGCCAGGGCAUUAACCACAUCGAUUGCUCCGAGUGCCGACGCCGUGGCAUCGCAGUGGCUGGCGCUGGAACCAUUUUCUCCACUGAUUGUGCGGAUUCCGCGGUGGGAUUGCUGCUCGACGUUUUGAGGAAGGUUUCGGCUGCUAACCGCUAUGUCAAGCAAGGGCUAUGGUCUUCCCAAGGAAACUAUCCUCUUGGCAAUAAGCUUGGUGGUAAGCAAGUUGGAAUUGUUGGAUUAGGAAGUAUUGGAACAGAAGUCGCUAAAAGACUGGAGGCAUUUCGCUGUUCUAUUUCAUACAAUUCAAGAAGCAAAAAACCUUCAGUACCGUACACUUUUUAUCCCAAUGUUGUUGAACUGGCAGUUAAUUGCGAUGCCCUUAUAAUUUGCUGUGCUUCAACUGAUGAAACACACCACCUGAUUGGCAAGGAAGUGUUGUCAGCGUUGGGGAAGGAUGGGGUCAUUAUUAACAUAGCUCGUGGACCCAUCAUUGAUGAGAAGGAAUUGGUGCAGUGUUUAAUUAAGAGAGAGAUCCGAGGUGCCGGCUUGGAUGUGUUUGAGCAUGAACCUGAUGUUCCCGUUGAGCUCCUUGCAUUGGAUAAUGUAGUCAUGUCUCCUCAUAAUGCUUUUUGUACAACGGAAUCUCUUGAAGAGUUGCGUAAAACUGUGGUCGGAAAUUUCGAAGCCUUCUUCUCAAAUGAACCCCUAUUAACACCUGUUCCUUUGGAUGAUCUGCCCCAUUUGUCAGCAAGGAAGCAGCAAAAAGUUCAAUGCUUUAUAACUAUAAACAUGGCUUUUCUGGGUUUGCAGAAGGUUGAUAGAUUCUCAGGAAAAGGAAAUGGAAGCAUUUCCUAGUGUUGUUCAAGUGAUUCCUAAUUGAGUUCACAAGCUUCAUACAACUCGAAGCUGGGACUUUAUGGGGCUAAAUGAUCAUUCUUUGGCAAAUCUUUUAACUACAAGCAACAUGAGUGAAGGAAUAAUCAUUGGAGUGCCGCCAGAAUCUGAGAGUUUCAACGAUAGGGGCAUGAAUCCAAUUCCAUCUUACAAAUUGCAGGGUUAUAUUUCCUAGUGAGGAUCUUUUGGGGGCUAUCGGAGGAGGAGGUGGAGGAAGCUUUCCAGUCAUUCAGGUUCCAGAAAAAAAGUUACAAUAUUCAAUGUGCCUUUCACUCUUGGAAUCUCCAUUCUUCGUUCACUAUUUCUGCUUCCCUUCUACUCUUCUCAUCAGCUUUGCCCCUUUCUUUGUAAUUGAAGCUGUAUAAGAUUUUUAGGGUGUUAAAAAGAACCAUAAAUGGUGUAGUUUCAAGUUUUGGUUUAAAAUUAAUUAAUGUACAAA